UGUCAUUCAUGCUUGGCUGGUUGUUUUACAUUCUUUGCAAUUCGAAGGUUUUUUUAUAGACAGCCUAAAGCUUGAGAUAAACAAGCAGUGAAAACAUAUAAAGUGCUAAACAUUGAUUUUUUUCCACCGAUACAGUGAUGUGAAAGGCCUAAUCAAAGUGGCGAGUGGCAACUAUUGCGUAUCAUGUAACCCGUAGUUUAUAUUCUGUUACAUACUGCAUCUAGUUUACUGGAUUCACUAACUACAAAUGUGAUACAAAAUGAGUUGGCUAUUAAGCUCAUUGUCGUUGGGGAACAGGCUAUCCAAGGAUCUUGAUCCUCGGAUUGACUAUGAACCCCAUGCUUGCUUCAAAUCUUUCUGGAAGCAUUGGCAGCAAGCUUACGGCAUUAUCGUAAAGUCACAGCCUCAACAUCUCCACGACGAUGUCCUCGGCGUUGUGAACCACUUGGAGCAGAUGACGACGCUGUUGGAACUAGAGGCGAGAGCGCGGGAGAUCAACGCUACAAUGGCUGAAGUGUCUUGUCUUGAGCAUUUGCUGGGCGAGAACCUUCUCGAUAAGCUCUACGAAUGGGCCAUUUGUACCGGAAAAUACGAAAAUGCACUACGUCUGGAGCAGCUCAAAAUGUUCGGGAGUCUGGUCAGUUAUUACAGCACGCAGGUAAUCGGAGCCGAACCUUUUCUCAGGCCAUUAUUGAAAUUGCUCAGUGGCUUUAGAAAUGAAUUGCCGCCUCCUAAUCUAGAAAGUCAACUAGUGAAAGUGUUGAAUCAGAUCUGCGUCGCCUUAAUGCAGAAUAUGAGGUUCAUCGACCUCUUCUUCCUGACGACUCACACACACGAGCGUUCUCAAUCCGAGUUUAUAUUAGUACGUCUGCUGCUGUCCUCGGUCCACCGUGAGGGCAGGACGGGCUCGGCAGCGCGCGACGCGUUACUGCUCUGCGCGAAAAUGUCGGCCCGGUGUGACCAGCUCGCGGACUACAUGUUGGCUGGCAACACCUGCCCCGUCCUAGCCACCGGUCUGAGCGGGCUGUACUCGCUGCUGCCCCGGACUCUGGACGAGAGCGUCUACCGGCUGACUUCUGAUGACGUCAACCACGUGCACAAACUGACGCUCUUCAUCGACUCCCUCGAGUUCUGUAACGCUGUUGCACAGGUAGCCCACGCAUCGAUAAAGAAGCAUCUUCUGGACUUGCUGUACCAAGGAUUCCUGGUGCCAGUACUGGGUCCGGCUCUACUGCAGACGAAACCGGGGCACUUGCAGAGUGGCGCCAACGAGCAAGUGACUGCCAUGGUCUACCUGGAGCUCAUACUGCGGUGCGUCACCGAAGACGGUCUGCUGAGGGCGGUGCUGCAUUUUCUCUUCAUGUACGAAUAUGAUGAGGUCAAGAUCGUUGAUGUUCUCCUGAGACGACUGGAGGGGACCUCUCAGUUGUCGCUUGUCUCGCUCGCUCUCAUGGAAACCCUGAUCGACUUGAACUCUGAGGACGUGGCUAUAGAACUCAUCUUCAAGCAUCUCCUCACCGGGAGCCACUUGUCACCGCCGCACCGUCACAAUAUAGCCGACCCGGAGUUAUACAGAGAGGCCGCGGUGGCUUUCUUAGAUCUGUCGCCGAAAUGCUGUUCGAGACCCGUAGAGAAGACGAGACAGUGGGUGAGGGAACUCGACAUGAGCGGAAGGAGAGUGUUAGACUUCAGAAGAGAAGAGGAAAGGCCAGUGAACGGGGUUCACGAUGAGAUAGUCAUGAAGAAUCUAGUCAACGAGGUUAAUUUCAAUUAUGGGAACCCCAACGAGACCCUGUACGGUAACUUCCACGCGUACUUGUGUCAUGCGCGAUUCACGAUCAUAUCGCGGGUGAUCGCGUGCAGCAACUGGAGCUCGCGAUACGAGGCCGUGACGUCACCGAAACGAGAAACGAACAACAACAAAGAAACGAGAGAGACAGACGCACAGGCCAACGCGAAAGAGCAGGACAGCCUUAUUUCCAUCUGCACCAGCGAUUACGAUACGUUGAAGACCAGCGAAACGUCUGAAAAGGAACAACACAGUCUGACCUCUCUGACGGCGUGUCUCUCAACUCUGAACGGCGACGAAACAAAACAUAUCGACAGCAGUGACGUGAAAGAUCGAGAUGAUUUAUCGAUGAACCAAGCUAGUGACGUGAAAGAUGCCGACAACGUAUCGAUAGGUGAAAGUAGUGACUACGAAAGCUUUAAAUAUAAAAGCGAGGAAGACGGUGAUAAUUUCGCUGAAGAUUUGUUCAGGAAGAGUUUUCAGAAAGUACAAAAUAAUAGAUUGUAUGAAGUGCCUUUAGUUAGGAAUUGGAGGGCAAGUGUCGAGUCGAUUAUAGGACCGCUCCUAAGCAGCUUAUUAAAGAAGUCAGCAACUUUACUCGAAUCCGACCUGACGGCGAACUGUCUCGUAACGGGAGUUAUAUCGAAGUUAGCCUCGUUUCCUACUCCACUACUGACGGCACUGCUACUCUGUCCUGCCUUCGUUCUGCCACCCAAUGUGCCCUCGUUGUUUCAAAUACUGCACACCCUGAAAGAGGAGAUAGACGAGCUGACAGACGGCAUCGAGAACACGGGCGAGCUUAUAGAUAAAGCUCGAGUCUUCCUCAUACAGAGAGAGUUGGCGCUGAUGAAAACGCGGGGGCCGACAGCCGAUGAUAGUCAGGCACAUCUACAAGACACGUCAGCGCACAAACAAGAAGAUUCACCGUUCCGCCGCGUUGAGUCAAAAAGGCGUAGCAUAUCUAACAGCAUCUACACGAUGUUCGGAAGAAGAUUAUCAUCUUCGUCGCCGUCACAAAACAGUUCCAGCCCACAGUCUAUCCCUAGUCCACAAAGGAGGCCAAUAUUCACCCAAGAAUCAUAUUGGAAUCAAUCUAUAACGCUUCGUUCGAUACUCAAUUCUGUCAUAUUAGAUGAAUGGCUGAAAGAAUUAGCCGCUAUAUGCGAGGAACAGGCUCUCAGGUUGUCCGUCGAAAAUUACGAGGAUGACACGUAUAUCAGAGCGGUGGCGUUAUGACUGAGGGCCAGGGCCGCGAACGGCUUCAAGAAAAACGAUCAAACGGUCCAUGGACGUUUAGUCGAUACUUCGCUUUGAUUGUAUUGAAGUUUUUGUUUAGUCGAUUUUUGUAUCGCGGUAGCGACAUUUUUUAGUUGAAAUUCGACGGAUUUUAUCAAUGACUAAUAGAACAACGAUAUAUUAUUUUAAGCCUAAUUAAAUGUGUUUAUGAAUUUUUCGUUUCGUAGCGAAUAUGUGGAUCGCUUGUGUAAGUACAUAAAGUGUCAAUCGAUUUUAACAUCGAUGUUUUAAAACUUUAGAUUAUUUGUCAGUGUUUAUAAUAAAUCGGAUUGUUGUGAUACUAACACAUUUGUUAAUAACAUUAUCAGAUUAGAUACAGUAGGAUAGAAGUUCAAUAUUACAAAAAAAAGUAAUGUAUUGUUAAACAACCAACUAUUACCCAAAUGAGCGAUAUUUUGUGUAGUGAAUGAGCAAACGAAAUAUAACUUAGUUAAUUAAAAUUAUUAAUCGUGGUCAAUUGCUUAAAUUUCAAAAAAAGCCCCACGAUAUCAAUCUUAAGACGAUCAGCGUCGUAACUAAUAAACAAAAAUAAAACAAUACAUAUCAACAACACUUAUGAAAAAUUAUUACAGCAACAAGAAAACCGCAGGUGAUGUAAUGGAAUAAAACAUUUAAUAUUUUUAAGUACUUUUGUACAUUAAACCGUAUUUUUUCUAUCGAAAGUGUUUCAUAUAUCUAUGUUCGUUUUCGAUUAUGGGUUACCUAUUUUUCCCAUCCGCAUUUAAGAAAAUUUAUUUGGGAAUGAAAUCAAAUUAUGAACAAUAGGAAAAACAACUUGUAAAAUUAUUUAAAGGACUCAAUUGAGUCCUUACUACUACAUACUACAGUAUGACAAAGCGCCGUGUGUAGCGAUGAGUUGGGCCGCACUAUCCCUACCCCAUACAAAUUUUCUGACAUUUACAUAAGACGUCACAGAUAGUGUAUAGACAAAUUUUAUAUUCUCUAUAGCUUAUAAGUUUCAAGAGUGUCCAAUUGUGUACAGCUCAUAGAAGCCGGAAUGGCUUUGUAAAACUAAUUAAUUAGUUUGCUACGUUGGAACAAUAAUUUAGAGAAUCCAUUGUCGUGGGUUUGUCACGAUAUUCAUUGACACAAAUGAGACACUCUGAUCUUACUACACAUCAUAGUACUGAAUUUUACUUAUUAAGCAUCACAUACUUAAUACUAAGUACCUAAUAAAUUUAGUUUUUAAAAUCGUCGCAAUUCGUUUUUUUUUUAUGUAAUAUAUUUAAUAACGCCAGAAUGCCAUCUAAGUAACGUUAUAACUGUGAUUUAGUGAUGUUCAAAAAACAUUUUUUAAUACGUAUACAAUUUAUCGAUUAAUAUUUAUAUCUAUUUUAAUACGAAUUUGAAUAUCGAUUUGAAAUUAUUGUUGUAUAAUAUUUCAUGUUUCACUAUAAUAUAUGUUUAGUAGUAGAUAUUAUUUACGUUGGUUUUGAAUUUGGUUUGUGUUAUUUUUGUGACUGGAGUUUUAUGCGUAUCAUAAGAUUUACUAAUAACGUAGAAGAGAUUGACGCGAAAUGUUUAAAUGUAUAUAAAUUUACAAAUUUUAUUAUGAUAACUGGAAAUUUUAUUGUUAAGUUCUAAUAGUGUCUUGCACAACCUACAAUAAAUAUUUUCUUUCAAAGUUUAUUGUUGAAUUAGA